UAAAUCUAUUCUGAAGCCAAGGGCAGACAACCAGGACAAGGGAAGUGUUGCUUCUUUAAAUGGACAUUUGCUCUUGCGGUAUGGCCCAGAUAUCCAGUAGCAAUGGAUUUAAACAGCGCUCAUCACCUUCUUUGGCAGCUGCAAGGUCAAAAGAUGUGGACAAAGAGGAGGCAUUGCAGAUGGAAGUGGAGGCAUUAGCUAAGAUGCAGAAAGAGAGAGGUGUAGCUGGUAAUAGACAGACUUUUCAUUCUUUAAGCAGCACCAGACAAAAAGCACAGACUCAUAACAAACAGGACCAUGAUCUCAUGGUGUUUCCAGAGUCUGAUGCCAAGAGCAUGGAAGAUAAACUAAGUACCAUUAACAUAGAGAAGCUUACUCAUGCCGAACUAGAGAAACUGCUGCUGGAUGACAGUUUUGAAACUAACAAAGUACCUACAUUACCAGUAAGUCCUCUUUUGAGCCCAUCUCUGUCUUCACAGUUUUAUCUCGGGCCUACAGGUCAGAGAAGGCAGUGGACGCCUGGGAUAACAGCCCCUGUGGCCUGCACUUUACCUCUUUAUCCCUCGGCUUCUUACACAAAGCAGACUGGGGUAUUUCAGAAUGGAUUCCAUCCAACUAUGUCCUCCUGUCACUCGAGAGAACAUAUUUACCUUGGUCCUCCGAGACAGUCGCAAUACAUUUCAUACCCACUGGCAGCUACUACACCUUUCCAUCCUCGAGGAAGCCUACCUAUAUAUCCUCCAGUACUUACACCAGAAAUGGCAAAAGUAUUUGACAAAAUUGCGAGCACCUCCGAAUUUCUGAAGAAUGGGAAGUCAAGCACGGACUUAGAAAUGACUGCUAUAAAGUCUGCAGUUUCUAACCUACCGGCCUCAGAAAGCUGCAGGGAUGUUAGUAAAUUUGACUGGUUAGAUUUGGAUCCCCUCAGUAAACCAAAAGUGGAUAGUGUGGAGACUUCAGGUAAGGCAGAGAAUGAUGGAGAGAGAGCUUCAGGUCUGACUGCUGAAGAUCCAUGGGAUGCUGUGCUAUUAGAAGAAAAGCUCUUAGUAACCUGUCACCUGGAAAGAAAAGUUAAUGGGAAAUCUUCUGGAGCAACAGUUACAAGGAGCCAGUCCUUAAACAUGCGAACAACUCAGCUUGCAAAGUUACAGGGCCAAACAUCACAGAAAGACAAUGGGACCACGGGCAUGCUGACAGAAAAUGUGCUUCUCCAAGAAAUUGAAGGGCAGAAUCAAGAAUUGUCAGCUUUUUCUCAAGCAGUUACAAAACUGAGGACCAAGUUUCCUUACAGUGACCAGGAAACAAAUCCAGGCUUUGUGCUGAGUCCAAUCAUGCUGCAAAGGGAUAUAAGUGGAGAGAGUGCCAGUAUCAAGGUUUCUAUAGAAAUCGAAGAAUUCCAGCAACCAGUAACUUUUACGUGCGAUGUGAGUUCCCCUGUUGAGCUUAUAAUAAUGCAGGCACUUUGCUGGGUGCAUGAUGACUUGAAUGAAGUGGACAUUGGCAGCUAUAUCCUGAAAGUCUGUGGCCAAGAAGAAGUUUUACAGAAUAAGCACUGCGUAGGAAGUCAUGAAUACAUUCAGAACUGUCGGAAGUGGGAUACAGAAAUCAAACUGCAGCUCCUGACCCAUAGUGUCAUAUGCAGGGAUCUGGCACGGACAGAAGAUGAUGACAGAACACCCAUACAUCUAACCAAACACCUCUACAAAGUAGAAAAGCCUUUCAGAGAACCUAUUAUAAGGUCUUCCAUUGAAGAGCUUCUUGAUGUGUAUCACAAGCAAGUUAACAUAGCUCUUAAAAAUGAGAACCAGCAUAAAGCAGUAGAUCACGUAAUUAAGACUGUCAGAAAAAUCUGUUCUACAUUGGAUUGUGUAGAGACUCCUGCGAUAACGGAAUCGGUAAAGAAGCUAAGGAGGGCUGUUAAUCUGCCGAGGACUAAAAAUGCUGAGGUAUCCUUAAAAUGUGACGAUGACACUAGCAAGAGUUCAUCUGGUUCACUGCAGCCUGAAAACCCUCUGAAAGUGAGUAUAGACCAAUUAACAAGAGCAGUUGAGGCCCUUCUGCGACUCCACAGGAAUUUAUGUAGCAGCCCUGAAGGAAUUUCUCCUCAAGAUAGUAAGAGUACCAAGGAAGCGUGGACUGCAACAGAACACCUCCAAUUCACAAUAUUUGCUGCACAUGGAAUUUCUCCUGGUUGGGUAUCAAAUUAUGAAAAAUACUACUUGAUUUGUUCUCUGACCCAUAAUGGAAAAGAUCUGUUUAAACCUGUUCAGUCCAAGAAGGUUGGCACGUACAAGAACUUCUUCUACUUGAUUAAAUGGGAUGAACUAAUAAUUUUCCCCAUCCAGAUUUCACAGCUGCCUUUGGAAUCGGUCUUAUGUUUGACUUUGUUUGGAAUACUGAAUCAAAGUAGUGGGAGUUCGCCUGACUCAAAUAAGCAGAGAAAGGGCCCAGAGAUUUUGGGUCAGGUUUCUCUACCUCUUUUUGAUUUUAGGCGAUUGUUAACUUGUGGGACAAAGCUGUUGCAACUCUGGACCUCAUCACAUCCGCAUCAUACGUCAGGGAUGGCCAGUAAGAAAGGAAACAUGGAAAGAAUAGUAUUGCAGAUUGACUUCCCAUCACAUGCUUUUGAUAUUGAGUAUAAAAUUCCUCCAGCUGCAAAGACUACUGUGCAUCAUUCCAUAGAAACAUUAGAAAAACCAUUGAGAGAACGUCUCCUCGCCAUUCUCGCGAAGGAUAAUACUAUUGGGCUAUCAAAAGACGAUAAAGAAUUUUUGUGGGAGAAGAGACAUUAUUGCCAUAGCCAUACUAGUAGCCUACCAAAAAUAUUGGUUAGUGCCCCUCACUGGGACUGGGCAAGUCUUCCAGAAAUAUAUUCAUUACUUCAGCAGUGGCCUCCUUUAUCACCCUUAGCUGCACUGGAACUACUUGAUUCAAAGUUUGCUGAUCAGGAAGUACGAAACACAGCUGUGAAUUGGAUAGAGACAUUGAGUGAUGAUGAAUUAACAGAUUUCCUCCCUCAAUUUGUGCAGGCGUUGAAGUAUGAAACCUACCUUGACAGUGCUCUUGUGAAAUUUCUUUUGGCUCGGGCACUGGGCAGCAUUCGAAUAGCACAUUACCUAUACUGGCUGCUUAAGGAUACACUGUAUGACACAAAAUUUGGUAUAAGGUAUGAGCAAAUUCUUGGAGCUUUUCUUUCAGUCUGUGGAAAAAGGCUGAGGGAAGAGCUUGAGAAGCAGACCAGGCUGGUGCAGCUUUUUGGAAUGGUAGCAGAAAAAGUAAAGCAAACAAGUGGAUCUGCUCGACAGGCUGCCUUGCAAAAUGGUAUGGAACGUGUGCAGUUAUUUUUCUUGAAGAAUAAAUGCCGUUUGCCUCUCAAUCCCAGUCUUGUGGCAAAAGAGCUAAAUAUUAAGGCGUGUUCUUUCUUCAGCUCCAAUGCAGUACCGCUGAAAGUCGCACUGAUCAAUGCGGACCCUCUGGGAGAAGAAAUUAAUGUGAUGUUUAAGGUUGGAGAAGAUCUGCGACAAGAUAUGCUGGCUUUACAAAUGAUUAAAAUUAUGGAUAAGAUCUGGCUGCAGGAAGGACUCGAUCUGCGGAUGGUUAUCUUCAAGUGUCUCUCAACUGGGAAAGACCGAGGCAUGGUAGAGCUUGUUCCUGCUUCAGACACACUUCGGAAAAUUCAGGUGGAAUAUGGAGUCACAGGUUCUUUUAAAGACAAGCCCCUGGCAGAAUGGUUGCGCAAGUAUAAUCCUACAGAGGAGGAGUAUGAAAAGGCUUCAGAAAAUUUCAUUUACUCUUGUGCAGGAUGCUGUGUAGCUACUUAUGUAUUGGGAAUUUGUGACCGCCACAACGAUAACAUAAUGCUCCGAAACACGGGGCAUAUGUUUCACAUUGACUUCGGAAAAUUUCUGGGUCAUGCGCAAAUGUUUGGUAGCUUUAAAAGGGAUCGAGCUCCUUUUGUGCUAACGUCGGAUAUGGCUUAUGUCAUUAAUGGUGGUGAAAAACCCACUAUUCGCUUUCAGUUGUUUGUGGAUCUCUGUUGUCAAGCUUACAAUUUGAUAAGAAAACAUGCAAACCUCUUCCUUAACCUACUUUCAUUGAUGCUGUCUUCUGGGUUACCAGAACUAAGCGGGGUUCAGGACUUGAAAUAUGUCCAGGAUGCUCUCCAGCCCCAAACAACAGAUGCAGAAGCUACCAUUUUCUUUACAAGGUUGAUUGAGUCCAGUCUGGGAAGUGUUGCCACGAAGUUUAAUUUCUUCAUUCACAAUUUGGCUCAGCUGCGUUUCUCAGGUCUGCCUUCUAAUGAUGAACCCAUCCUUUCGUUUUCUGCUAAAACAUACUCUCUUAAACAAGAUGGCAGAAUCAAACAAGUGUCUGUGUUUACAUACCAGAAGAGAUAUAACCCAGAUAAACAUUAUAUCUAUGUAGUGCGAGUUUUGAGAGAAGGGCAAGCUGAGCCAACAUUUGUCUUCCGAACGUUUGAUGAGUUCCAGGAGCUCCACAACAAACUUGGCAUUCUCUUUCCUCUUUGGAAGUUACCAGGCUUUCCUAAUAAGAUGGUUCUUGGUCGAACACAUAUAAAAGAUGUAGCAGCUAAAAGAAAAGUGGAGCUCAACAGCUACAUACAGAGCCUGAUGAACAGUUCUUCAGAAGUGGCAGAAUGUGAUCUUGUUUAUACUUUUUUCCAUCCAUUACUUCGUGAUGACAAAGUGGAAGGAAUAGAUGGAAUAGCCAGACCUGCAGAUGCAAGUCCAUCAAGUCCUACCUCAGGCAAAGUGGGAGGAGAAGUGAAGCUAUCCAUAUCAUACAGAAAUAGCACUCUAUUUAUCAUGGUGAUGCACAUUAAAGACCUGGUUACAGAAGAUGGUGCAGAUCCAAAUCCCUAUGUAAAAACAUAUUUACUUCCAGAUACACACAAAACAUCCAAACGUAAAACCAAAAUCUCCCGGAAGACAAGAAAUCCAACUUUCAAUGAAAUGCUCGUGUACAGCGGAUAUAGCAUGGAGACCCUGAAACAGAGAGAACUUCAGUUAAGCGUGCUCAGUGCAGAAUCAUUACGCGAGAACUUUUUCUUGGGUGGAAUUACCCUCUCGCUAAAGGACUUCAACCUGAGCAAGGAGACUGUUAACUGGUACCGGCUAACAGCUGUGCCCUAUCUGUGA